AUGCUGAAUGUUCGCUCGUGUCGACAACGCGACGGUUCUCUCUCGACAGUGGCGCUUCUGCUGCUCGCGCUAAACGUGUGCCACUUGUCCGCUGGCUUGGCAUCGCCCACGACCGCGUACGAUAGUUUGUACGACCCGCACGGCCGUGGUUUGCUUCCGGUGCGGGCGGAAUCACCCGCCGGGGAGCCGCAGCACGGUGAUCUGGCCGACGAACCGCAACACCCGGUUCAGCAGCAGCUGCUUGGCGGCGCGGCCGGCAGUGUAACGCGCGUCCCUUGGUACGGGCUGACGGAGGUUACCGAUAUUGUGCUGCUUGCGGGCCUGGUGGCCGUGGCCGUGAUCGGUGCGGUGGUGUUUGUCGUGUUAGUGAUCAGUUUGCGAACAAAGUUUCAAACAUUACGCGCACAACCCGCCGAACGAGGCUGCGAGCGUUCUGCGGCUGUGAAGGGGGGUGAAAGUAGAACUAAGGCACCGCCGCCACAGUGCAAAGGGCCACCGAUCGUGCUGAUAGAGACAGUGAAACCCGUUUCGGUGACGUGCGUGACGGUGAAGGGCGGUUGCGAAACGUACGAGCCGACGAAUAGCCCGACGCCUCCUUUGACGAAUCGACCUCGAAUCGAGCAACCGUUGAGCAACCUCUCGGAUAAGCACGGACACGGAACGGUUGCGACGACUGUCGUCCAGCGGAAACAACAUCCUCCACCGGAAGCGGUGACCAUGAGUGCGCUGGGCACGACGCUCGAGUCUACGAAUCAACUUCCGUCACCCGUCCCGACCGCGAGCCUAGUUGGCGAUGAUAAAGAAAAUUGCCUGCAGCCACAGUCGACGUGCGAUGCGCUUUCGCAACACCAUCCAAGCAACCAGCGGCCGACGGUGAACGUGCUGAAGCGCCAACCGGUGGCGGAGAUAUCGCUCGCCAGCAGCGGACCACCGACGGCUUCGCCAACGGCCUUCAUUCAGCUGCUGACUCCGUCGUCGGCGUCAUCGAUUUCCACCGGCACGACCACCGACAAUAAUGCGACCCCCACGAAAACGGGUGGCACCGGUGGCCCCGGUGGUCCGCUGUCGGCCUCGGAAUCGAUGGCUGCGGCACGGUUUGGCUUCUCUCCCCGUUCGAUUCACUCGUUCACGGUGCAAACGGCCACGUACUUCCGGUUUCCGGAUGUGGACGAUUUUACGCCCACCCCGCGCACCACGCUUCACCCGAAACCGGCGAUCGACGACGACGGAUCAUCGUCGACGCCACCGGCCGUCGAUGCGUUCAGUGAUCCUGCCGAGCGGGACGACAGUACGGUAGUGGCGCCUCCGCCCAAAUUAUCCACCCAUCCACCGGUACCAGCACCACCAUCGGUCGAACCACCGGAACAGGAAAAAGGGCAGGCAGGGGAAGAGCCAGCGGCUGCUACCGAUGAACCAGUGGCCCCUCCGGAGGGACGCACCACUUCACGGAUCUGUGCUCCGAUGGCAAACCGUCGCGUGCGCCUCAAGUCCAUUUCCCUCGACUCGGAGGGUGCCCGGUUGGUGGAGGAAAAUCUUACCUCCACCAUCCCGGUCCAGGAACUGGUGGGGAUGGCUCAGCAACGGGGCGGAACCGGUGGAACCACUCGGUUCGAUUGCGUACUGGACGACGAGGAGGACGAUGGUGACGAAAGCAACAACUAUGAGACUGACGGUGACGGGUGGCCACGGACGAAGCGUGUGCGGAACAUUUUAAAUCUUCGACUAAACAUACCUCCGCUCGGAGGCGGAGGUUCCGGUCCUUCCGGUGCGCUACCCCUCGCGAUCGGUUCCCAAUCCACGGGAUCGAUGGUGGAAACGGCGACAGCGACGAUGGUGUCCCGCUCGGUCACGACGUCCGUUUCCAAUCCGGCCAUGGUUCCGACCCACCACCAACACCAACCUUCAGCGGUCCUGGCGGCCGUCUCGCACCACCAGCACCAGCAGCGGCCGGAGCUGGAAAGCAAUGAACAGUUUUACUUCGAGUACUUCGACUACGGCGACGACGACGAAACGGAUGACGAGUACGACGAGGAUGGGGAAGAGUUUGAGGACAAUAACAAUAACAGCACCAAUCAUAGUCGCGCACGUCCUCCGGCCCUACCAACGGCGCCGAAAACUCCCACUCUGUCCCAGUCGAAGCAGAAAGCCAGUUCCCUCGACUCCGACUCGAAGGUUAAGAUCUCCGUACCGUACGGGGUCGGUGCCGGGGCCGGUUCGGUGAGCUGCAGUGCAGGGCUCAGCAUCAUGAGUAUCGCCCAAUCGACCUGCGGCGGCGGUGGCCCGGGCACCACACUAACCUACUCGCAGCAGCAGCAGCAGUCACAGCAGCCGCAGUACCAGCAGCAGCAAGGACACGGUGCCCACGGUCACUUUCAGCAGCAACCGGCGCAGCACCAAGGACAAUUGCAGCCCCGUCGUGUUUCUUCCGCAUCCGUGCCAACCACACCGAAACGAUACCAGUACCGGACGGCGGUCAAUCAUCACUAUCAUCAGUACCAUCAUCACCACCAGCAACAGCAACAGCAGCACUACCCAAGUGGACAAUCAAAGCUGAUGAAAGCAGCGUACGACGGGCCGGGCCCAGGAGGUGCACCGCCACCACCGCCAACACCGGCGACGAUCGCUCGGAAGGACAAAUCACCGAUCGUUGGUGGAACGAAGAGUGGAGCAAAUGACGAGGAGGAAACAGGGGGUAGCAAAGCGGCCAGCACGGCCAGCACCACGACGGGCCGAUCGGCAAGCAUACUGCAGAGACGUGGUUCCAAUCACAGUCUAACGCUCAAUCUGGACAUCUAUCACCGGGGCGGCAGUGUCGAUUUGACCGGCUCGAACUGUAGCCUUCACCGGGGAUCGUACAAAAACCUUCACCAAGCCCACUCCCAGUCGCAGCUCUAUCAGCAGUAUCCCGACUCAUCGACGGCCGCUACUGGCGGUGGUGCGGUGCGCGUCCAAUGCCAUCAAGCAUCGCCUCAGGGAGGUCAAAGUACGGCCCUACCUAACGCUACCCAUAACAACAACAACAACAACAGCAACAACAGCCAUGCAACUAACGGCAACAAAAAGAAUCUCCUGCAACGACGCGGAUCCAACACGAGUCUCACGCUGAAUCUGCGCACCGGGGUCGUCGGUGGUGGUUCCACGUUCGGUUUGAAUCGCUUCAGCAGCCAUAACUCACUCAACACGACGCACAUGACGGUACACGGGGCAUUGGGAGGGCCGGCACCCGGUGCCGGCGGAAUGGCCACCGGGCAGCAGCAGCAGCCAGUAGCAUCGUCCCUCGUGCGGCCUGCGGGGUCGAAAAAGAGUCUACUCGAGAGGCGCAACUCGAACGCCAGUCUCACGCUGAUCAAUGUGCACCAGCGGACAUUGUCCGUUUCGAACUGUAAUUUACGCGGUUCCAUCUGCAGCUUGAACAGUUUGCUCACGACGCACACGCAGAACGAAGCAGGCGGAGGCGGCAUGAUGCUGGAAGAGGAUGAGCUGGAUUGUACGGGUGCUGCCACCGGUCACCAUGGAGACGGAGAUCAUCAUCAUAACCAUCAUCAUCAUAAUCACCAUCACCACCACCAUCAGCAUCAUCAGCAUCAGCAAUGCCACAAUAGCCAGCAUCACGGCCAGCAUGGCCACCAUCGGGUGCUGGGUGGAAGGGGUGGACUGGCGGCCAGCGUUGAUGGGGGAAUACACGAAACGGAUGGCGGAGCGAAGGCGGGACCCGAAGGCGCAGGAGAAGAAAGAAUCGGACGGCUCACGGUGGCGGCGUCACAGGGGAACUCGAUGGAAUGCAAUGCCACCAGUCCCUGUGGCGAUCAGGAUCAGGUGGAUGGCGGUCUCCGGGGAUGCCCGCGCGGUGGUAACGAGUAUCGGCAAAGAAAGUUCCGCAGCUCGGACAGUUUGCACAACAUUAACACGCGUGAGCAUUGUCUGUCGCUGCAGCAGCCACAGGCCCAUCGCGAAGCGAAACUGAUGGCCACCGGAAGCUAUCAACGGUGCUGCCAGUCAUCGUACGAUGAACGUCAUCUUUAUGGUUCUUCAGAAAACUUUAAGCAGCAGCAAAACAAACUUUCGACCCACCGUGCACUCUUCCACAAAGACCCGUCGCUCGUGACGUCAGCCUCGUCGGCCAACAAUCUGUCCGCGCUGGGCACCACAUCCUGUUGCUGUUGUUGCUGCUGUUGCUGCGCUGCUGGCGGCGGUGCCGACGGCCGGGCUGGCGAUGGUUGCUGCGAUGCAAAUGGGCUGAUCGUGAAGACUGGCAACCUGAGCAUCAGCAACUCGAACAUACGCAACAUUUCUACCAAACCGCUCAGCCCGCAGACGACGAGCGAAGACUUUAAGAUCUACCUGGCGAACAUACAGUUCCUGCAGAACGCCUCGAACGUGCUGACGAUCGCGUACCUGCGCAAAUUGCACAACUUUUUUACCAAAACCUACCGCAAGAUGGUGACGGCAGCGAAGGACAAUCGGCGCACCUCGAAAGAUCAAACGAAAGAGCAGAUGGUCGCAGAGGGCGUAGAAGAUCGGUGUGGCACCGGCACCAAGAUGAUGCUGAUGCACAGCGACAGCCUGCACCAUCCGCCGGUGUGCGAUGACGAGUCGUACGAUGAAGAACACAAAAAGAUGGUGCUGAAGAUACACCAAGAGUUCUGGGACCUGCCAACCAACUACCAGGAGAAGCCACUCGUGUUUGGAUCGCAGGCCAAAAAUCGCUACAAAACCAUUCUUCCGAACGAACACUCGCGCGUAAUACUGGAGCCGGAGCGGGCCGCUUCGAUUGCCGGUGAACCGUACAUCAAUGCCAACUUCAUCAAGGGCCCCGACUAUGCCAACAACAGCUACAUAGCGACGCAGGGCCCACUGCCAAACACAAUCUACGAGUUCUGGCUGAUGGUCCAUCAGAACAUUGUUCGAACGGCGGCCACGGCCGAGGGUUGUCCUCCGAGGCUCGAGCAAAAGAUCGUUAUGUUGACCAACUUUGUCGAAAACGGGCGCCAAAAGUGUGCCAUCUAUUUCCCGCAGGACGAGGCCGACUGGCUGGCGUUUGGCUGUACGGCCGAUGUUGACGUAAGCGGUGUGCUCGAGGCAAGGGGUGAUAUUGCGGCGGCCGACACCACCGCCCGUUCGGCGAAGGUUCGAGUCCGGUGUACGAGCUGCUUUUUUCUCGUGCAAAACAUUGGCAUCGAGCAGCGGAACGGUUACACGGUGCGGACACUGGCAGUGACCCGCGGGUUGCGCUGCUGCCCGAGGACGAAAGAUGCCGCUGCCGAAGAAGAGGGCGAAGAGGGAUUGGCUGACUUUGAACUGAGCCACUUUCGGGCUCAACACUACUGGUUUCCCGAUUGGCCCGACCAUCGGUCACCGAACGAUAUUAAUGUGCUGCUGGACCUAAGCCUUGAUGUCCUGGGGACUACGGAGCACACACGGACGCAUUCGGACGAUGCUCUUCCGCGAGCGGAUCCACCGGAAACACCGUGCGUCGGCAAGGGGGAUUCAGUGGCCCCCGGUGUGGUGUUGCCGAUCAUCCACUGUUCCGCCGGUAUCGGCAGGACCGGCUGUCUGAUUGCCAUCUUGAAUGGGUUGCGCCAGUUACGCCUUUCAGUGCUCGCCCACCGUAGGAACGUCCACAAGCAGCACCAGCCGGAAGCACUGCUGUCACCAGUACUCCCGAUCGCGGACGGUUCCGAAAUCGAACAGGAAGUUCAGCUAGCGCCAGAAAAGACCAGAAACCCUUCGGAUGAUGUGCCGGCGCCGGCACAAGCGGUUCAGGACACUACCGAUGCCAUCCACUCAGAGGAAGAGUCUGAGCUCGAAAAGUCAAUCCCACUGCCACCGGUACCGAGUGGACGUCGUUGUGGCGGUGGCGGUGGUAGCUUGCAGCGCGAGUCUGGCCAAGUCGACAUACUAGGCAUCGUGUGCAAUCUACGACUACAACGGGGGGGCAUGGUGCAGAACUCGGAACAGUACGAGCUGAUCCAUCGGGCGCUGUGUCUGUACUUGGAGAAGUUGACGCGCGAAGAGCCAGCUUAAGCCAGGAAAGCAAUUAAGGGACAGGUGCAGGUUGAACGGUACAAAGUCUAGCAGUAAUGGUGGUUCGGGCGGUUUUUGGGAACGUGCAAGUAAACAAUCUCUAGUGUAGUGUGUGUUUGAGUGUUAUUAGGUGGCAAAAGCGAUACUGUCGAGAAGGAAUACCAAAGAAAGAAGUAGAAAGGAAAUGGUUAAACAAAUAAGCGAAAGAUAAGCAGUAACAACAAACAAUUGAGUAAGGAAAAGAAAAUGAAAGAUAUGAUUGAUCUGAGCAAACAACUCUCGAACAGUUUAAGCGUAACAAACACCUGAGCAUGGAUUUGGAAUUUUUGUAGUUCAACAAGACGCGCGGGCCGAUGGAGAAAGUGGACGACACCAUUUGAAGUAGCAGAGGAUUGAACAAAACACUUGCGUAAAUCAUAAUUAGAAGAAGAAAAUACACACGAUAAACACAGCGCGCAAACACAACAACCAAGACAACGUGAAACCUUCGAGUUCCACAGCAGAAGAGCAACAAAACAAACAAACCAACAAACAAACCAACAAACAAAAAACUAAACAAGGGAAUACUAGCAAAGUUCUGAUAGGAUUUUACACAACUUAUUAACACAAGAAACGAUGACGAACUAUGCGAGACACGAUUUUACGUUUAUGAAUGUCACUGCUGUAUGUGUGUUGGGCAUUGUAUGUGUGGCAUGUUUGUCAUGUUUGUUUGUCCCCGAGCAGGAAUAUGAACCCUAAAGAAAACCCAUAACUAAAUUAUUGCAUAACUAGAUGGAGCAUAUACUAUAUAGAUAUACCUAUACAUUUACACCUAUACCUUUACAUACAUAUAUCAUAUAUAUUACCUAAAAACCUUAGAAAAUUGGAACAAGGCUGGUUUUUCGUUUUCUUUUUUAAAUGGGAUAAAAUAAUAUUACUACACGGUGGUUGAGCAGCAGCAGCAGGGUACCGAAAGAAUAUUUAAAUUUUAGUAAAAAAAGAAACUCAAACCGACACACCGAACCACGUCCGUGACGGCCAGAGACACACUAAAACGAUGGCUAGGGAGGUCCUAGAGACAACUAAAACCACAAAUCGCCAUCGAUGAGAUACGCACACUGGCAGGCAGGGUGGCUUGUUGUCCGGCGAUCGGAGGGGAGGACUGCGCACGAUGAUCUUACGCGCGACGAUAUUCACAACUAAACCAAAGCCUGGAGCCGCGGUUGAUGGUGAAAGAAGUUUGCUUUGGAGCGUAUGGCGCGAAGAGAGAACGAAACCGUGGCCGUAGCCACAGUUAGGAAGGAACCGGCGGCAUUCACCGCAGGACACAGCCGAACGAAUUGACAUCCUUUUUCGGCUGGUUUGCUGCAAAUCCGACAGGGGAAAGGAGGACGUUUCUUGUGAACCCUGCGUUUUAGUUGUUCCGCCGGAUUCGGCGGAUGUGUUUUGCGAACAUUUAAGCAGCGUGCAAUUUAAGCAAACAGAUAUAGGCCAUUCAGCAGUUUAAACCUAAAACAACGGGAGGAAACAAAUCAAACC